GGGAAGAUAUUGAUUUCCUAAAGAUUAUGAAUGAAAGUAUGAAGAAGGAUGGCAGUGGACAUUGGAAAGCCCCACUUCCAUUCGUGGAACCAAGGCCCCGAUUGCCGAAUAACAGGAUCCAGGUGUACAAAAGGGCUCAGAUUCUCGACAAUUCUUUAAAGAAGAAUCUUACAAAACAGCGCCACAUGGUCGAGUUUAUGGAUCAGAUCUUCAAAUCAGGUGCAGCUGAAAAGGCUCCUGCAUUACCACAGGGGACAGAAACCUGGUAUUUACCCCUUUUUGGCGUGUACCAUCCACGGAAACCUGACAAAAUCAGAGGUGUUUUCGACUCUUCAGUGGUUUUCAAUAGCAGCUCUUUGAAUACAGUGCUUCUGUCUGGUCCGAACUUUACCAACAACUUGCUUGGAGUUCUGCUGAGAUUCAGGCGCAAUUCAGUUGCCAUCAUGUGCGACUUCCAACAGAUGUUUUACUGUUUUUUGGUUGAGGAGACUCAUAGAGACUUCCUGAGGUUCUUUUGGUAUGAGUCUAAUGAUCCAUCUAAACCACUGACUGAGUACCGCAUGACAGUACAUGUUUUUGGAAACACUCCCUCUCCAUCUGUAGCUACGUAUGGUCUUCGUAAGACUGUAGAAGAUGCUGAACCAGAAAUCAAGAGGUUUGUUGAAAACGACUUCUAUGUUGAUGACGGAUUGACUUCCUGCGUUACCUCAGAAGAAGCUAUUAGGUUGAUAAAAAUGACACAACAAGCACUGAAGACCGCAAACAUUAAACUUCAAAAAAUAGUUUCGAACUCAAUUGAAGUAAUGGCUGCCUUUCCAGCAGAAGACAGAGCAAAAAGUGUUAGGUCGCUGGACAUCUUUGCUGAUGAUCUUCCCAUUCAGGCCAGUCUUGGUUUGUCUUGGAAUAUCAGUGAAGAUCUGUUUAGUUUCAACCUCAACAUACCUGAUACGCCAUUCACCUAGCGCGGUGUAAUCUCUGCUGUUAGCAGCAUUUUUGACCCACUUGGGUUUCUAAGCCCAAUCACUAUUCAAGGUAAAAUUCUUACUCGUGAGAUCACAGCUCAUGGUUCAGGCAUGUGGGAUGAAAGGUUGCCUGAUCAUCUUGAGAAAAAAUGGAAACUUUGGAAGGAGUUACUUAAAUCUACUGAAGGAAUUCGAAGAAUGUUCUUACUAAACGAUUUGAGCUACGCAGAUUCAUUUAAGGUAGACGUGUUCUCUGAUGCAUCCGAAAAGGCGAUCUCUGCAGUCGCGUAUAUGAGAGCCACAUUUGGUUCUAAGGAAGAAGUUGGUUUCAUCAUGGGUAAAUCCAAACUGACUCCAGCUGGAGGCACCACUAUUCCUAGACUAGAACUGUGCGCCGCUGUUCUUGCCACAGAAUUAGCAAACGUUAUUGCAGACCAAUUGAGUAUUUCCUUGGAGAAUUUCUUGUACCACACAGACAGUAGAGUCGUUUUGGGAUACAUUCAUAAUCGAAAACGUCGCUUCUACACAUAUGUUGCCAACCGAGUUGACAUUGUCCUCAAACAAUCUAGCCCACAGCAGUGGCAGUAUGUGGCCACGCAAAACAAUCCAGCAGACUUGGGUACCAGACCUUUGACUUCUCCUAAUGAGCUGACAAGAAGUAUAUGGAUCCUUGGAACAACCCUGUCGAAUCAAAGGGACUCUUGUAACAACAAGGACAAUACAGCAUUCGAGCUUGUGGAUGAAGAGAAUGACUGUGAAAUCCGUCGCUCUUUGAAUGUAAAAGCUACCAAGGUUAAAGAAAACUUAGCCUCAAGGUUUGAACGAUUCUCAACUAAGAAAUCUCUUGUAAAGGUCAUCUGCAUUCUUAAAAGAGUAUGUCGAUCGCACAAAAGGGAUGGUAUUGUCGCUGUUGAUAGCGUAGAAGAGCUCAGAGAAGCCGAGCAGUUUGUUAUCAAGUCGACCCAAAGAGCAGCGUUUGAAGAAGAGCUGUUGUCCCUAAAAUGUGGAGAGAAGAUACUGUCAAAUAGUAAAAUCAUUCAGCUCACACCCUUUCUGGACGGGGAUGGGAUUCUUCGUGUAGGUGGUCGGAUCAGAAGGUCACCAGUGGAAAACACACUUAAGCACCCUAUAAUACUCCCAUGGAAAUGUCACGUCGCUGCACUACUAACGAGACACUUUCAUGAAAAGGUUCAACACCAGGGAAGAACGAUAACAGAUGCCUCUAUUCGCAGCCAUGGAUAUUGGGUCAUUGGGGGCAAAAGAUUAGUUUCUUCUAUAAUACACGCUUGCGUCACUUGUCGGAAACUUCGCGGAAAGUUCCAACAACAGCAAAUGGCCGAACUCCCAGCAGACAGAGUCACGCCCACAGCGCCCUUUACUUGUGUUGGUGUUGAUGUGUUCGGUCCGUGGCACGUGACAACCCGCAAGACACGAGGUGGACAAGCUGAAAGUAAGAGGUGGGCUGUACUAUACUCGUGUCAGUUCACAAGGGCUGUUCAUAUCGAAUUGGUAGAGGACAUGAGCAGUUCUUCCUUCAUUAACUCUCUUCGUAGAUUUGUUGCGCUUAGAGGUCCAAUACAGGAAAUCCGGUCGGACAGGGGAACCAAUUUUAUUGGCGCACUUGAUGACCUUGGUGCCCAAGCUAUAUGUGUUGAAAAGGACCCUGUGGUCACGCAUCUAAAAGACAACAAGAUAAUUUGGAGAUUCAACCCUCCUCAUGCAUCGCAUAUGGGAGGUUCAUGGGAACGUCUAAUAGGUAUUGCAAGAAGAGUUUUGGACUCUAUGCUACUUGGAAACCAUGGAAGAGCAUUAACACACGAAGUACUCUCUACGUUCAUAUAUGAAGUCUGUGCUAUAAUCAACUCGCGACCUAUAGCCCAGAUAUCCUACGACCCAGAAGUACCAGAAGUCAUGACUCCUGCUUUACUUCUUACGCAGAAACCGUGUCAGCUUAGCGGACUGGUCACCACAGAGAGUUUGAAAGAGAUAUACGCUUCUCAAUGGAAGUAUGUUCAGGUUUUGUCAAACACGUUCUGGAAACGUUGGAAACAAGGUUAUCUACAGUGCUUGCAGAAAAGACAGAAAUGGCAGCUGGAGGAAGAAAAUGUGCGAGCUGGAGAUGUCGUUAUCCUCAGAGAUCAUGAGUUGCAUCGGAAUCGUUGGCCACUGGGUGUGAUUGAGAGCAUCUAUCCUAGCGAAGACGGCAAGGUACGGUCUGUGGAAGUGCGUGUCGUGCAGGAUGGGAAGACUUCGAACUUUGUCAGACCAAUUACUGAGCUCAUCAGGUUGAUUGACUGAACUACAGUGUUAUUCCAAGGAUGUGUUUGAACAUGCAUAAGCAAUUA